AUGGCCGAGGAUGUGAGCGAGCCGUAUUCAGAGCCGGAUUCAGGCCUGCAGCCCCACACCCACUCCCGCCCGCCACUGGCGCUGUGCCGACGCGUCUCGUGCGUGCCCGCAGUGUGCGUCGUUUGCCGCGAGGAGUACGAUGUCGAGCGGGCUGGUUCGGAGUGGAGCAGCCUCACGAGGUGCUGUCAAGAGUGCGACACGCAGGUCGGGCGCCGAGAGCUGGACCGCAUCAAAACAGACAUGGAGGCGUAUGCUGCAGAACGACGCACAGCCGAGCCGAAUCUGCCACCAGUCGUUGCACUUUUGGAGAAGCUGUGUGAAACGACCGACCCGGCCAUCGAUUCCAGCCAAGCCUGCUUCUCUCUCCCCGAGGAUUCACUGCAGCUUCUGCGCGACAACCCGAUUCUCGCCGACUCGAUACCCCUCUCCUCUCUCGCGCCCGUGUGGUGGAAACUGGUGCUCAACCCAGUGCCCCCCUACCCGCCACUCCAACUCGACUCGGACCUGAACAAGUACGAGGAGCGGCGGCAGUGCAUCCAGCAGCAGCUCGAACCUCGCCACGGCGAGGUCAUGUGUGUCGUUUCGAUCCGGACCGCAGAGGGAGAGGUGAUGCACGCCGUGACGCAGGAGCAGAUCGACGAGGCGGUGGCGCGGGGCGCCGAGCUCUGGAUCAUCCAGGGGGUCUGCAAUCGCGACGUACCCGGCGACUCCUCGAGGACGGCGCCGUUUUGGCUGGAGGGCACGCAGACGUCUUCGAACUACGACCUUCUGGUGCCCAGCGCCUACGACGGCAAGCUGGUGGUGAUCGUGCACCUCAACUCAAACUUCACACACUGCCGAUGCCGCUUUGACGCGUCGCUUCGGGUCGUGCGCUCCGCCGGCGACGAGGAGGGCGACGAGGAGGGCGGCGAGGAGGGCGGCGAGGAGGGCGGCGACGGCGUCGUGUUCUCGUUCCGGCCGCACUGCCGCGAGAGCGACGAGUACACGGACGGACAGCAGGAGCUGCAGCUCUCGUUUGCCGCGUACCUUCUCUCUCCAGUCCUUCGUGCCUUCACCUCUCCCGGCGGCGGCGACGGUGGCGGUGGCGCCGCCGGCAGCAGCAGCAUCGCUCCCCGGCCCAUCAUCCGCCACGUCGCCUUCGCCGCCUCGGUCUGCGUGGUGGGCGGCGGCAGCGGCAGCGCCAUGCUGCUUGGGGAGACCGCCCACUUGUCGCGCCCCGUCGGCCGGAGCGGCGUCUGGGUGCACGAGUUCCAGGGCGCCACCGUCGUGUUCACGCGGCUGCCGCACCUGUGCAACCUCUUCGCGUUCGACCCGUCCGAGACGCUCGCGCCGCUGCAGCACAACUCGACCAACCUCGCCACGUCGGCCUUCUCCGUCUCGCUGCUCAGCGCGGUCGCCGAGAAGCUGGACGGCGCGGCCGGGUCCGCCGUUGAGGAGCAGGUCGAUCUCGAGGGGAUCGUCGACGGGGUGCUUGAGACGGUGGCGACCGUCAUCGUCUCGGUGCUCGUCGCCCACCGCGCCACCUUCUCUGAGACCAGCUGGAAGAAGUCCCUCGCGCUCCUCGUCGGGAUGGAGCUGUGCGACGGCGAGGGACGCGUCCUCGACUCGGUCACGAUCGAGACGCUCGCGGCGAUCGUCACGCUGAAGGGGCUCGGCUCUGGCGGCUGGAGUCUUACGGCGUGCAAGACCGGCGGCCGCAACUCGCUCGGGCGACCCGCGACGCAGGAGGAGAUCGACCUGUUUGUCAAGCGCGGCGGCUCGAUCGAGGUACUCGAUGCCUUCGAGCGCGUGAUCCGCCGAGGCGACGUCGCCCGCCGCACGAGCGCGCUCCUGGACGCGAAGGCCGAGGACGUCGUCGCCUUCAUCCGCAAGGCCAAGUCGGAGCUGCCCGAGGACGAGGCGAAGCUGGUGGUGGCGAUGCUCCCCACGUCGGGCACGGUCAAGAUCUCAGUGCUCACGAGGGCGAAGGGCGAGCUCACCCUCGCCGCCGCGAAGCCCGUCUCGCACGCCGACCUCGCCGCCCUCGACAAGCUCCUCGCCGAGUACAACAACACCGUGCCGGAGGAGGACCGGCUGCCGCUCCUGCUCGGCAUGAAGCGCGAGUUCACGCGGCGCCAGUUCGCCACGGAGAAGACGAGGCUCACCUUGGCCGCCGCGAAGCCCGUCUCGCGGCUCAACCAGCUCCUCGGGCGCAAGCUCUCGCAGCGUCACCCUACCACCGGCCGGCUGGCGUGGAUGAACCCGCGUGGAGGGGUCCACUGGGCCGCCCUCGUACAGGACCCCGAGAUCCAGCAACUGGUGACGUGGAAGUUCGCGGCUGAUUCCCUGCGCCAGCAUGCUUGCCGCUCGAUCGCCCUUUCCGGCCUGAGCGACCGCUACGCACUUGCCUUCGAGUCGAACCUGGCCGAGCAGCGCCGCUGGCUCCAGCUGCUCUGCGACGAGCUGCGACCAAACGGCGCAACCAUGCGGAUUUCUGACUGGGAGGAGAUGGCCAUCCGGGCCGCCGCCCGCAACAUCCGCUGCCUGGCCGGCAAAAGUGCAGUGCAGCUGAAAACAGUGCGUGACGCGAUGGUCCGUGCAGGCAAGCGCUCCGCCGGCUCCGGCUCCGGCACCCUCAUGCUCGUCCUCGCGGAGGAGCACACGGCGACGCCCGGCCAGCCCGCAUCCGUCCCUCUCGGGGCUGGACCCGUCAAAUUGUGCAGCUCCUCGAUCCGCCUCGACGGCUCGCGCGGCAUCCUCGUUGCGGCAGAGGGCGACCACGUCUACGUGGACGGCGUGCACCUGCCGCGGGGGGCGGAGGCGCCGCUCCUGCCUGGCGCCCGGGUCGAACCUCCUCCACCGUCACCACCGACGCCGUCGCCGCCGAGCCCGCCGCCGCCGAGCCCGCCGCCGCCGAGCCCGCCGCCACCGCCGACGCCGCUGCCGACGCUGCCGCCGCUGCUCAAGGCGGCCGCGUACGUACUCAUCGAGCGGAAGCCGGCGGCGGGAGCCAAGCGCACGGCGGGAGCCAAGAAGCGCGCUUCGAGCUCCCUCGCCGACGAGACUCCGGCGGGCUCCAGCGACGACGAGACCGCUCCAGCGCCGCGCCCCACCACCGCGCGGACGCAGAAGAAUGCGGCGAAGCGAAAGGCGGUCGCGGAGGAGGGCCCGCCAGGGAAGCGCCGCGGGUAG